ACACACUGGUUUGUAAAUUUUGGCGCGGCUGAAAUGGAAUGUGCGGGAAAAUAAUGAUGUGCAAGGAUUUAUUUAAAAACUACAAUUAAAUCAACAUAAACUGCUAUGCAAGCAGCAAAACGAGUGUUGUCACCCAGUAAGGCUGACAAUGUGUCGGCGCCAAGCAAGAAGUACAAAAAGCCACUUGAGAUCAACGUGCAGCCGCCGCCGCUUCCAACCGAUCAGGAGAACUAUGAUUUUUUGUUGGACGACGACGACGAUUUCGAUGUGAGUGCAUUGGAUGCGGCCACAAUUGCAAAGAGCAUUGAUCUGAGUAGUUGGCAACGCUGCGUGGUGCUGCAGCUGGAGCGUCUGCCCAGGACACAUGAUUUGGUGCUGCAAUUGCGCAGCGAUGAAGACGCGGAAGCAAAAGCUGUUUGCCAUUUGCAGGCUCCAUGGAACCAAACGCCACUGGAGCAGGGCGAUCUGCUGUCACUCAAGGCAGAGUGGCAGCCCACACUGGCUGCCUAUGUGGUGAACAAGGAGCAGGGAUAUUGCGUUAUACAUCCAGAUCUGCUCAUCUCAAGCACUUCAGUGACGGGUUCGUUGUUCUGCCGCCGCAAGGCCGUGCUGCAGGAUCGUUUCCGUGGCGUUGACUCAACUAACGCGGUGAUGAUCGUUGGCACAUUGGUGCAUGAGCUGCUGCAGACCGUUUUGUCGCAGCGUUUGCGCCAGAAGUCACAAGUGGAGGAUGCACUGCAGCAAAUGCUGCAUAGUACUUCUCUGGCCCAGCAGCUCUAUGCCGGGCAGCUGAAUCGCGCGGAGAUCGAGCUACAGCUACAUAAAUUUGUGGCACCCAUUGUUGACUUUGUGGCCCAAUAUGUGGAGGGCAAGCUGCCGUCGGUACAGCCGGCGGAAAUGUACAAGGGUCGGAUUGAUCAAAUACACGAUAUUGAAGAAAAUCUAUGGGUGCCGCAGCUGGGACUCAAGGGCAAGGUCGAUGUGUCUGUGCACGUUUGCAACAGAAAGCAGCCGAUUCCUUUGGAGUUGAAAACUGGACGCGCCAGUUUCUCGAUGGAGCACAAGGGUCAGCUAUUGCUAUAUCAACUAAUGCACUCGGCUCUGGGUCAGGAGACGCGCAGUGGCCUUUUGCUCUACUUGCGCGAAGGCAUUCUGCGCGAGGUGCACGAGGGUCGCAACGAACAACGUGAUCUCAUCCUGCUGCGCAACGAUCUGGCCCAUUAUCUAACACGCGAUGUCCAGCUGCCAGUGGCCAACGAACCACUCUCGCUGACCGAACAGCCUGACAAACUGCUGCAGCCCUUGCAGCUGCCCGAACCCAUUUCGCAUCAUAGUGCCUGCGGCAAUUGUGCCUAUGCCACGCUCUGCUGCAGCUUUGCCAGCACAGAUCCUCAACUGGAGUUGAGUGAAUCGCAUCCGCUGCGACGCCUAAUGCCACAGGUUCUGGAGCAUCUGAAUCAAGCAGACUAUGAGUAUGUGUUCCAUUGGUGCGGCCUGUUGGCGCUCGAGGAACAACAGGCGCGUCAAUCGCAUCAGCUGCGUGCGCUUUGGACGGAGACACCAGCCAAGAGACAGCAGCUGGGUCGCGCCAUACAACAGCUGCAAUUGCCUAAGGAUCACAAGGCGCGUCUAGUGGAUGGACGCUAUGAACAGAAAUUGAUUCUAUCCAAAGAGGCGGAGAGUGACCUUAAUCUAACGCUCAGCGGCUUCGAGCUGGGCGAAUAUGUGAUCAUCAGCUGUACAACUCGGCUGGCCAUUGCCGCCGGGUACAUAACAGCGCUGGAGCCGCGCAGCCUCUGCCUGCAGCUGGAGCGAGAUCUUGGCCAGCGUUAUGCGCUGGCGAGCUUUAUAGUGGACAAACAUGAGUCGCAGAGCUUUGCCAGCUUCAAUUUUACGAAUCUGGCGCAGCUUUUGGCGCCCAGUGAACGUGCGGCCCAAUUGCGCUCCAUUGUAAUAGGCCGUAGACGGCCAAAGCAGCAAAAGAUGCUGCCGCGCAUCAUUGGCAGCAAGGGCGGGCCCAUGCUGCGCGCCUUGAAUAAGGUGCAGCAGGUGGCUGCCUUGCGUGCGCUCACCACCGACACACAUCUGCUGAUCAAGGGGCUGCCCGGAACGGGUAAGACCCAGACUCUGGUAGCCAUUGUGCGGCUGCUGCAUCUAAUGGAGCGCACUGUGAUAAUUACAGCCCAAACGCAUUCCGCUGUUGAUAAUCUACUGUUGCGUCUGCUGCCCUAUAAUCUGCCGCUGAUGCGUUUGGGUAGCAGUGCUCGAAUCCAUCCGCAAUUGCAGGAGAUCAGCGAGGCACAGUUGACGGCGAACUGCGAAACAGUUGAACAGUUGACGUCAGCAUUCCAAAAGCCAAGCAUUGUGGGCGUCACCUGUCUGGGUGCCGGACAUGCCCUGUUCCAGCAUCGCCAGUUCGACUAUUGUAUUGUGGAUGAAGCCACUCAGGUGCUGCAGCCGGCGGUUUUGCGUGCGUUGAGCCACAGCAGCCGUUUUCUACUUGUUGGCGAUCCGGAACAACUGCCCCCGCUCGUCCGCAGCCGCGAGGCGCGUCUACGCGGCGCUGACGAGAGUCUAUUCCAGCGCCUAGAUUGUGAGGAGGCCACAGCUGUGCUAACACUGCAGUAUCGCAUGAAUCGCAGCAUUACGCGACUGGCCAACCACUUGACCUACGGCCAGGCACUCCAGUGCGCCAGUGAACAGGUUGAGAAUGCCAAAUUGCAGCUGCAGCCCCUAGCCGAGUGCUGUCCUUGGGUGCAGCGCACGUUGCAAACGCAUUUGGAGCAAGCGGUCUUUCUGUUGGACACGGACGAUUGUGCCCAACGCUGUCAGGAGUAUGUUGAUGCAUCCAAACAGCUGGGCAAUACCAGCGCCGCCAUCGAACAGCAUUAUGGCGAAGCCGUUGAGCAAACAAUGCAAUCAACUCAACAACAAUCAGCUCGUUCCCGUCGUGUGCCCAAGUACAGUAACUAUUGCGAGGCGGCGAUUGUGUUGCAUUUGUUGCGCCAAUUGCUGCAGGCGGGCUACGAUGCUUCACGCAUCGGUGUCAUUGCACCAUAUCGCGCGCAGGUGGAGUUGCUGCGCAAACUGGGCGAGCAUCUGCCCGGCGUAGAGUUCAAUACGGUUGAUCAGUACCAGGGACGCGACAAGGAUCUAAUCAUCUAUAGCUGUACAAAAACAGGCAGCACCACUGCCGAGCAAGGCAUGGAACGUUCACACGAGGCUGAAAUCCUCGAGGAUCAACGGCGAUUAACUGUUGCCAUUACACGUGCCAAGCACAAAUUGAUUUUAUUGGGCGAUAUCAAAUGCCUGAAUCGCUAUACGCCCUUUCAAAAGCUUUUCAAUCAUAUUCCCGAACGCUGUCGUCUGCAGUUGGACGACGGCCGCCUGGGCUUUAGCUGGCAGCAGGUACUCCAUGAGCUGGAACAGCUCCAAGCUAGCAAGUGAGUAAAGAAUAGGAUUAUAUUUAUUUGUGUUUACUAAAUAUAUGAGCGAUGCGUACAAAGUUAUU